CGGUGAACUUUAAUAUAAUUUUUUCUUGAUUUGAGCACCUGCUUGGAAACGCGAGGGUCACGCCGGAGCAGCCAAAAAUAAGAAACACACUAAUUGCUGUUUUUUAUUUUUUAUGUAAUAUUUGCUCGUUCAGGCUGACUUAUUUGGCAGAUAAAGACUGAUCAUCAUCGUAAAAUUCAGAGUUGAAUAAUUAAGACUUUGCAUCCGAACCAUCUCCAACCAGCCUGGACUGUGGAGGGGUUUCCUCCCUGCCCUCCGUGCCUCUCCUCAUCCCCAGCAGCAUGUCCCAGGCUCUGAGGCUGCCACUAGUCCUCCACACAGCACACUACCAUGAUCAGAUGGGCUGCUGGAGGGAGUAAGGCUGCCUCUGCCUCGUCCUGCUCCAGGGCCGGGUUAGGGGCUCUUUCUGGCUCUGGGACCAACUCUAGACCAAGGUCAUCCACACUGCAUUCCCUUCUGUCUUUGCCUCUCCUGCUGGCCCUGGUGCUUUUCUCCUUUUCCUUGUCCGGGGCGGCCUGCCAUCAGCUCCGCAGAGAAAGACUGAGGCUCGCCAACCCACGAGCGCUCAGAGUUCCACUGAACAUUUCGGGGACUGAGCUCGCCUUCAGGACCAGGACCAUAGGGGGCCCUCUGGGUCGGACUGGAGGGGCGCAGGGUCGGCAUGUGCGCAGCUACAAUCACCUCCAAGGGGAUAUACGCAGGAGGAAGCUGUUCUCUUUCCAGAAGUUCUUCCUGAGGAUUGAUAAGAAUGGAACAGUCAGUGGAACCAAGAGCAAGGAUGACCCUCUCAGUGUCCUGGAAAUCACCUCUGUGGACGUGGGAGUGGUGGCCAUCAAAGGGCUGAGCAGCAACUACUAUCUGGCUAUCGGCAGGAAGGGAGACCUGUACGGAGCGAGAGAGUUUGGCGUGGACUGCACCCUGAAGGAGCGGAUCGAGGAGAACGGCUACAACACAUACGCGUCGGCCCAGUGGAAGAACAAGAAGCGGCAGAUGUUUGUGGGUCUGAACGUCCACGGGAGGCCGCUCAAGGGGAGGAAAACACGCAGGAAGAACACGGCCACCCACUUCCUUCCAAUUAUGAUGUGA